AUGACACACAUGCAAUGUACACUUCUUGGAACAAGCAAAGUACACUUCGUGGCUGCUGAACGACAAGACUACAGUUUCGUUCGUGCCAUGUCCACCGCGCUGAAUCGAACGGUAACAGCCGAAGAAUGCGACGACGACGCACCACUCAAUUUUGGGCAACUGCAAAACGGCAAGCAAUUCAGUUACACGCAAACCGAAGUGGUGCGUGUGGCCCAAAACCUCGAGUGA